AUGUCUCGUCCCGAGGAGUUGGCACCGCCCGAGGUGUUCUACAACGACGACGAGUCGUUCAAGUACACCUCGCUGUCGCGGGUGCAGCACAUCCAGGCCAAGAUGACGCUCCGGGCGCUCGAUCUCCUCAACUUGGACAAGGAGCACCCCCACUUCCUUCUCGAUCUUGGUUGCGGGUCGGGGCUUUCAGGGGAAAUUUUAACGGAAGAAGGCUACAACUGGAUCGGCAUGGACAUCCUGCCGAGUAUGUUGGCCACCGGGUUAGAUCGGGACGUUGAAGGCGACUUAUUCCUUAGUGAUUUAGGUACCGGGGUGCCGUUUCGCGCCGGUACCUUUGAUGCCGCCAUUCUGAUUUCGGCGAUCCAGUGGUUGUGUAAUGCCGAUACCUCGGGUAACGACCCCAAGAAGAGAAUUCUGACAUUUUUCAAUACGUUAUACGCCUCGUUGAAGCGAGGGGGUAAGUUUGUUGCCCAGUUCUACCCCAAAAACGACGCCCAGCUCGAGCAGAUCACCUCGGCGGCUAAAGUCGCCGGGUUCGGUGGUGGUGUCAUUGUCGACGACCCUGAAAGCAAAAGAAAUAAGAAGUACUACUUGGUGUUGACCGCCGGGAUCAGUGACCGCGCCGUCAACUUGGAAGGGGCGACGAUGGACGCCCCCACCGUCAAGGUGAAUAAAAAGAAGGCGAGAAUGAUGGAGCUGAGAAAGGACUACAUCCAGCGGAAGAAGGAGACGGCGCGCAGACGCGGGAAGAAGGUAGCAUUGGAUUCGAAGUUCACGGGGAGAAAGAGACGGAUCAGGUUUUAG